AUGCAUUGCUUACGCAAAAACGGCAACGGCAGCCUCGAGCAGCAAUUCUGCGACCAACAGAACAAAGCCAUCUGCAAGCGCCCCAUCGGCCAGGCGGCCGUCAAGUUGGAGACGCCGAAGUGCGACGAGGGGUGGAAGGGGUCGAAAUGGACCGGAAGUUGCUAUAAGCUAACGCCGUCCCUAAAAAGCGGUGCCGCUCAAGAGCAAUGUCUUGGCUGGAAUGCGACGUUGGCCUCGGCACUCACUUUCCUCGAAAAGGAGUUCAUCCUCGAAAUGACCAAAGAAGCGGAGCACGAGGACUGUUGGCUCGGGGCCAAGCGGGGUGCCGAUGGCGCCUUUGACUGGCUUGACGGGUCGGAGUGGGACUACGGGUUUUGGUCGCCGGAUGUGCCAAGUCCAAAGGAUACCACGAAAAACUGUCUAGUGCUGUGCAACAGCCUCGACCAGGCGGUGACCACCAUGCAUCGUUAUUACGAAGAUGACUGUAACAAGGAGAUGGUGGGAAUGUGCAAGAAGGCUGGGAACAAGGAACAAGGCCCGGCGAAGGAG